AUGUCAAACCUGACUUUUAUUUAUUUAGGAUGCAAAAUGAUUGAUAGAAAAGAAAUGACAUCGGAUCAGAAUAAGUAUGAAGAAUUGAAGCUAUAUAUGAGUCUGGCUCUGGGCAAAAUCCAAAAUAAUAACAAAACUUUUAAUAAAAAGAUGCUAGCCAACGAUAUUCGAAAAUAUUGGAUGUUCAAAAGUUAUUUCUUUAAUUAUUGUGAACAACUUAAUUAUUUUACCAUAAUAGAUAUUGAUUAUGGCAGUGACGAUCCUGUCUAUGAUACAAUCGAUCAAAUUGACUAUUACACUGGAGGUCCUUUAGGUAUGGUUAGAUUAGAUGAUAUGUGUAUUUCAUAUUACACAUAUAAGCAAAUUUUGGAAAUUCUAACAUUGAUACUACAGGCUAUUUACAAACAGGAGACGAGCUUCGAAACUUAUAUUAUAAGUUAUCACAUUUAA